AACGGGCAUUCAGUCGGGCAUCAAAGCCCGUAUUGGCAGAACGCGUCGACCGUUGCUUCCGCGAAAGUUAAAAAAAAGUGCAUUCGCGCGCUUUUUCAACAGUGACAGCAAAUUCGAAAAAAGUGUUUUAUAAUUCAAAUUAUUGUAAAAUAAUCAGUGUUCAGUUUUCAAAUUUUAGUGACGUGUUUUUGUGUUGAUUUUUUUUUAAAGUGUAUUUAUUUUACAACGCCUCAUUAUUGGAGGAAGGUGGUUUCGAAGCGAGGUGUCAAAUUCAACGCGAGAAUCAUAUAACAUCACAAAUGCGGACGCCGCGCGCCGAAAUGACGUGUUAACUAUAAAACUACGAGACCGAUUGUGAUAAAAAUGGGCCACAAGCAAUACCUGGCCGUGGGCCAAUCAGCCCGCAACACUUUGUUCGGCUUCACACCUCGGCUGAAUGGCGACCGACCCCUGAACAUGCUCAUAUCACAACAAGGCAGAAUCAAUCAUGGACGCCUUGCAGUCAUUAUGUUCAGCAUAUGUACAGUCGUCGUCGGCAUCAUCCUAUCUUUCGUGCCAUGGUUGGAUUAUAUUAUAUUUAGGGAACUCAAAAUCUGGAACGGCUCGCUGAGCUACAGUUAUUGGCAGAAGCCAGGAGUGACCAGGCUGACCAAGGUGUACAUCUUCAACGUGACCAACCCUCAGGGUUUCUUGGAGAACGGCGAGAAGCCCAAGCUGGUGGAGGUCGGCCCAUUUGUCUAUAGGGAAGACAUGGAGAAGGUUAACAUCAAGUUUCACGACAAUGACACAGUCACCUACCAGCAUAACAAGAUACUCAGAUUCGUGCCAGAGAUGUCUGUCAACAAGGACCAGAAACUCGUUGUACCCAACAUUCCUCUAUUGACCGUAACCUCAUUCUCCCCCAACAUGGCUGGCUUUGUCUUCAACCUCCUCGUCUCCGGGCUGGCUCUCACUUACAAGGAACGAGCUAAGCCCUUCGUUGAAGUCACCGCCGAAGAACUCGUGUUUGGAUACAACGACCCUCUCGUGACCUUAGCUCACUACUUCUACCCCAAAGGCAAGAGACCAAACAGCCAGAUGGGACUGCUUUUAGCGAGAAACGGCACCCUGGAUGAAGUAUCAACGAUAUACACGGGACAGAACUCCAUGGAUCGUUUCGGGUACAUCGACAAAAUCAAUGGGUUGGAUCACCUACCACAUUGGAAAGACAGACCUUGCAAUAAUAUCAGGGCUUCAGAAGGAUCAUUCUUCCCGCCGCGAUCGGUAACCGGAGAAGACAUUGUGCAUAUCUAUGACAAGGAUCUGUGCAGGGUGAUGCCUCUCCAGUACCGACAUGAUGUUUACAAAGAUGGCAUCCAAACAGGCAUGUACACACCUCCAGCGUCAACGUUCGAGUGUGCAGACGUGAAUGCGGACAACAAAUGUUACUGCCAGGGGGAGAAGUGUCCUCCCAGAGGCCUCCAGAACAUCAGCCCUUGCCAAUACAAUGCCCCGGUGUACCUGUCUUUCCCUCACUUCUACGACGCGGAUCCCACCCUGCUGACACACUUCGACGGCCUCAACCCCAACAAGCAGAAGCACGAGACCUACUUCAUGAUUCAACCUAAACUCGGCGUCCCGCUAGAGGGCUUCGUUCGCGUGCAGCUGAACCUUAAAGUGGACCGUGCCCCCAACAUCCCCAUUAACAACAUACACCGCUUCCCGGACAUCAUCUUCCCGGUCAUGUGGCUGGAAGAGGGCAUCCACGAGGUAACCCCGUCCAUUUGGCGAUGGAUCUACCUGGCCACCACUGUUGGCCCAAUCGCUGGCCCAAUUUUAACAUACGGAAUGAUUGUCGUCGGCAUUCUCACCCUCGCUGUGGUCUUUAUCAAAGCAUACAAAUCCUUCGUCAUCGGCCAAAAUUCCAUGGAAAUCGUAGAGUUGGGAAGAGAGACAAUCCGGAGAAGUUCAACUCUGAUUAUCAAUGGAUCCCACAAGCUUUUGCCUUGCAGGGACACCGUCUACCAACCCCUAAGUCAGCCAUUAGAUGGCCCAAAUGACAAAGAAGACAAGCCGCUUCCUGAAGAGUUCCACUUCAUAAAAAGGUCAGAGAUAAGUCAGAGUUUAGACGAGUUAAAAGGAAAGAUAAAAAGUGAAUUUGUGAGGUCCAAUUUCAAUUUUCAUGAAGCUGAAAAGGAGUCUUUAAUACACUCGAAUAACUCGUUCAUUUUGUCAGAACUUAGAAGAUGUAGUGCCUUGAAUUUAACAGACUUUUAAACGUGUAUUUAGUCGAAGACUACCCCUUGUCUCUAAAGGGUGGAUUGUGGCCUUCUAUUGGGAGAGAAUUUGCUCAAUAACUUAGAAUAAUAAUUAUGGGAAGCAAAUAUGGGAGUGUGUAAACCGUUUCUCAAAUGGCGAAGCGUUUUCUUGUCCAUAGUUUGAUUUUUACGUCGUGAGAAUCACAUUUCCGAGAAAUGUGUUUAGGAGGAAUGUGGCCUAACCGUAUUGGGCUGGUUUUUCCUUCGCGGGUUGGAAGGUCAGCCAGGCAGUCGCUUCUGUAAAAAACCGGACCUGUCAAGUCUUCAAGUUAGGUAAGCGGAUCCUGUGGAAAAUGGAAUAACGCUAGGGAGAUGAGUUACAUUUUUAAAGUCUUUUUUAGAGUAAUAAAAUUAUUUAAAGAGCUUUUCAGAAAUCCUGAUUCAACCUUUGUGCUCAAAAAAAAAUACUUUUAUAUUAAUUCCUGUGUCAUGUAAUCAGGAUUAACAAUUCGUAUCUUCUUCUUCUAUCGUGUAGGUUGUGAGGUGAAUUACCAAACUCAUCAACUCUAGUGUCAGGGUUAUUAUUGAGCCGCCAAAGGCCCCUGACAUGGCUCAUAUAAAGACUGCAUAAGUAACAUUUCGGAUUUUGAGCUGAUUUUGAGAAACGGUUUCCUAUGCUUAUUCUUAAAUAAGGUUGUGUCAAGGACUGAGCGUUGCGAUUCCAAUUUUUAAAGGGAUCCCUGUAGAUUUAAUUAUAAAUGUAAUCAGACUGUAAAAGAAAAGAUCGAUGACGUAUCGAAGCGAAGCGAUGGGUUAACAGACGGCGAAUGCUCGAAUUCGUGUGAUUUUACUUAAGUAAUCGUACUAAAGUUUUUGUGUCAAGUCAAGUCACACGGCUUCGCGCAAAGUGGCCGUGUUUCUUCAACCACUAGAUAGACUGUUGUAUCAUUUCACUAAAGACGGUAAAAUAAUUUAAAAUCACUUCAGGACCCCGAUAUCGACCCAGCCGAUGUGGUCGUCAAUUUAUCGCUAAUUGUUUCAAAUAUAAACCUCUCAGAUGACGCCCUGAGCCGAGGUUCGCGCCCAUUUGGGUCCUUAGGCCUGUUGUCUUAAAUUUUGUACCGGGUGAGAGCCCUCAGCGCUUCCUAUUUCUCCAGCCAAGUAGUUAAUACCAUCUGAAGUCAAUUUACAACGAAAAAAAGGUCCCUUAUAUUUUAUGCCUCAUCUAUUUUUUCUUUUUGUCUAUGAAAGAAAA